GAUGCUUUUCUCCGUCAAAGCCGAUGUCUGCCACAUCGGGUACCUUGGAUAGAGAUCCACUAGCGCCGCUUCCCUGUUACUGAGUAUCCUUCACAUGCAUGGAGAAUACCUCGUCUGCCGAAGCCCCCUUUAACUACUCAAAAUCAGACACCCGUCUGACGACAGCCUCUCGUACGAAAUAUCGUGCUUCUGUCAACGUUUUCCGUCGCCAAAGGAAAGAUACGUCAGCUUUACGAUGGAUCCCGACGAAAUCCGGACCCUGGUAGCUUCGUGGUGGCGACACGCUGCCACAAGCUUUCAGAAAGUCCCAGGCUCAGCAGUCCUUGUGCGCUACGUGCAGUCUAGCUAUCAAAAUGAUCCCAUUCGGUCCGCUUUGGAAUUGGUCCUCGUCAUCUUCUUCAUCCGUUAUCUUCUGUCACCUUCCUACUCGACUCAGAAACAGAAUUAUGUCAAGCUGCGCGACGACGAAAUCGACGAGUUGGUGGAAGAUUGGACACCUGAACCCCUCGUGGGUGCUCAGACUGCCUUUGAAGAAAUGGAGGCUGAGAAGCUUCCCAUCAUCGUCGGCCCGACUGGACCUAAAACAAAGCUCGGGAACGGGCGAACCGUGACAAAUCUUGCGACGUAUAAUUUCUACAACUUCAAUGCCAACGAACAGAUCAAAGAGAAGGCAAUUCAAACACUGCGAACAUAUGGGGUAGGACCUUGCGGCCCCCCCCAAUUCUACGGAACACAGGAUGUGCACAUGAAGACAGAGGCAGAUAUUGCAGCGUACCUCGGUACAGAGAGCUGUAUUGUGUACGCGCAGGCCUUCUCUACAAUUUCAAGCGUCAUCCCAGCUUUUUGUAAGCGCGGCGACAUUAUCGUCGCUGAUCGGGCCGUCAAUUACUCUAUCCGGAAAGGUCUGGAGAUUUCCAGGAGCAGCAUCAAAUGGUACCAGCAUGGCGACAUGGACGACCUUGAGCGCGUGAUGCAAAAGGUUGUCAAAGAACAGGCCGGCAAGAGACUUACAAGGCGUUUCAUUGUCGCCGAGGGCCUCUUCGAGACCACAGGUGACAGCAUUGACCUGCCGAAGCUCGUGGAACUCAAAGAAAAGUACAAGUUCCGCAUCAUCCUCGACGAAACAUGGUCCUUUGGCACAUUGGGUCGAACUGGACGAGGCUUGACGGAGGCGCAGAACGUUGAUCCUACCCAGGUAGACAUGAUCAUUGGGUCUCUGGCCGGACCUCUCUGCGCUGGCGGCGGCUUUUGCGCCGGGGCUAAAGAUGUGGUUGAGCAUCAGCGCAUAUCUGCAGCAUCCUACACAUUCUCGGCAGCUCUCCCCGCGAUGCUGGCCGUUACAGCUAGCGAGACGGUUAGCGUGCUCCAGUCUAACCCCGACAUACUGACGCAGUGUCGCGAUAACAUUCGGGCGAUGCGGGCGCAACUCGACCCCCGCAGCGACUGGGUGACGUGCACCAGCGUUCCCGAGAAUCCCAUCAUGCUACUGGUGCUGAAGGGUGAGGUAGUUGAAGCUCGCAAUCUUUCCAUGGUGGAGCAAGAACGUCUCUUGCAAGAUUGUGUCGAUGAGGCUCUAGCCAACGGGGUUCUUAUCACUAGACUCAAGACGACGCCAUUGCUAAAUAGCAUUGGACCCCGCGACGACGGGUGGCAGGUUCAGCCGGCCCUCAAGGUCUGCGUGACGUCGGGCCUGUCGAAGAAGGAUAUCGAGAAGGCCGGGGUUACGAUCCGACAUGCCAUUACAAAGGUUAUGACCCGGAAGGCCAGCAUUCGAAGCGCGUGAUCGUGCAACUCGCUGUAAAACAUUCGGUCUCAGGCUGUGUGAUUCCCAGCUGGCUUUGGGGGCAUAGGUGUGUACAGUGGAAUGCGAAUCGCAGAAGAGGUAAUCCUCAUGGCCUGUAAAGACAUGGCAGGUAAGGGCAGGUUAGCUGAUUCUUCAGGAUCGACAAUUUAAUCUUAAUUCGGUAU